GUGCGCGCGCGCGGCUCCGGUUUCGUCCGCCGCUGUGGUGGACCUAUCACCAUGCUCACCUCAAGUAAUCAGUACCUGAGGCCCGAGUUUCUCUCUCCGCUGCCAACGACGUUGGACGCCAAGAAGAGCCCGCUGGCCCUGCUGGCUCAGACAUGCAGCAACAUCGGCGCAGACAACCCCAACAUCAAGCCCAUCAUCCCGCCGCUGGAAAAGCCCAAGGACCAGGAGAAGAACAAGAACAGGUUCACUGUCUUCUUCGACGUCUCAUCGAGCCAGCUGGACGAUAAGCCGUCCUUCAAGCCCUACGAGUCGGCGAAGAAGGAGGACUCCUCUAAUGGCGACAUCGGAGGGGGCAAGAGGUCUCCCUCGUCCAAGUCAGGCUCUCCGGCGGCGUCGAGGAUCGCCAGUUCUUCUCCGGCGGCAUCUUCGGUCGGCUCCAGCGGCAAGGCCUCGCCUAACGGAUCUGAAAACGGAAACUCCAAGUCUGACGCCUCGUCGUCUUCCGUGACGGCCACGACGACGUCGUCGUCGACGCCUUCGUCGCACAACACGCUCAGUGGGCUUGGCUACGGCGGCGCCGCGGCCAUGGGCCUGGACCUCGCCAGAGACGUGUCCAAGGAAACCCUGUCUCAUCUGACGUCGCUGAGCGCGCCGCCUACAAAGGCCAUCAACCCCUUGGGCUGUUCCCCGCUGAUGGGACACCUCCCCGUGGACGGCGUCGGCGCGGCGCACUCGUUCUCGCAGAGCAUCGCGAACCAGGCGUCCGCGGCGCUCAAGCUUGGCAGUUACCCCGUGGGCUCCCCGCUCUCCCCGUACGUGGGCUACGCACGCAUCAAGACGGCCAGCGGCGGCACCACGCUGGUACCCGUGUGUCGCGACCCGUUCUGCACCAAUUGCCAGAUGAGCAUGCAGAGCGCGCAGCUGGGUGUCUGCCCCAGCGGCUGCACGCAGUGUUCGCACGACCGGCUAGGGGCGCCGCCCGGACUGGGCCUCAACCCCGGCCUCGUCCCCGGCCUGGGCUCGGUGCCGGUCAGCCUGGCGUCCCAGCUGUACCCCGGCGCCCACUCGAUGCUCGCCAGGCCCAACGUCUGCAGCUGGAUGGUGGGCGACACCUACUGCGGAAAGCGGUUCUCCACGUCCGAGGAACUGCUCCAGCACCUACGGACUCACACCAACCUGUCGGUGACGGACUCUAGCUCCCUGCCCCUGCUCUCGCCCAGCCUCACAGUGCCAUCGCCCAGUCUUAGUGCGGCGGCGUGUCAUCUGCACUACAGCACUGCGCCGUCGCUCACCACGCCCGCGGGACUGCGGAGGACGUAUCCGACGAGUUUGAGCCCUGUGAGCUCGUUGUCUGCGCGGUACCACCCGUACAAGGCGCCGAUCCCGGGUUUCCCGGGCACCCCGUUCGCCCCGCUACCUCACCCAUCCCUCGGCAUGUACUACUCGCCGUACAGCCUGUACGGACAGCGGCUAGGACCUCCUGUGCACCCGUGAGCGCCCGUCGCCCUCGAAGCCCGAUGUGGUGCCACUCUGGACGUGUUGUUUUCUUCUCUGUUGUGACAAAGGUACGAGACUGCGAACACUUGCUCUCCGCGUGCGUGCACUGUGUGUUACUGCGGCGGCUCGCGUCGGCCCGCUUUCCCUGUCCCUGCUGUAGUUUCACGAACUUGUCAGCGAACGACUUCUGGGUCGCUCGUGCGCGCGUUGUCAGCACGGCUCGUCUUUCGUUUUCGAGUUUCGGUGUGUUUUUGUAGAGAGAGAGAGCACUACGCAGUUUGCGUGAAUGGGCAACCGUUGAGAGUUAUGUGUGCCGGAUACAUAUGCAAGCAAUACGCAGUGGCCUCCGUGUGUGCUUUUUCUUCUUCUUUCAGCACGUAGACAAUGUAUUAAAUAUUAAACAUGUCAUAAUGCUUUGUUAGAAAGAAAAAAUCAUAUUGGCACAGUGCUCUGCCGGUGCAAAUCGAAGGUAUCCAGGUCUUGUUCGAAAGCGGCUCUCGGAUCUGUUUCGUUGUUCCGCUUAAUUCGUCCGAUUAUCCAAAAGCCUCGUUCUGUUUUUAAUACAUGUUUACGGAGGUCGACUAGAAUACUGUAAGGAUGACACGACAUUCACGACCGUAAAACGUAAGAAGGGCAGAGCGAACGCACCUUUUUCCUCCCCGAAAGAGAUCUCAUCAACUCCUGCUUGUGCCUAUCCAUGUGCCUCGUCUUACUUUGAGAGUGACACUGCAAUCGUAACGGUCCGUGAUCUAAUUUGCACGAUGUCACGUGGGGGGGGUCGAAGGCACGCUCAAGGGACAAAACCAACUCACACCAUGUUGCUCAUGUGCAAGCACGCCGAGGACAUGUCGGGGGACGUGGUCACAUGUCUUGGAUCGAGGCACGUUUUGUGUUGGAUGUUUCCUUUUUUUUUUUUUUUUGUAUAAUUUAAUUUCGGGCACCGUUUCUCGCGCUGUUGACUACUUUUUUCCGUUCGUACUUGCUUUUCGUAUCUUUCUUCAUUUUCACUAGCAGAUUUUUUUUUUUGGUUAGGGGAGUUUUGUUGACAUUGUUGACGGUGUUGACAGUUUAGAAGUAGCAGCAUUUUUUUAUAUGCGUGAUAUCUUGAGGCACCCCGAUUUCCAUUUCGUGUGGGGGCUUCACGUAACUGGCGGAUUAAAGAAACGCGAGACCAGUCUUCUAGGCAACUUCUAUGGUAACUGACAGCUUAAGGAACGCAGGUAGCGUGAAAGUCAUAAGGCACACUCUGCUUUCCUCAAACUGUCAAAGUCUAUAGCUACAUAUUUCACGCUUGGGGGGGAAGGGGGGGGGGGGGGGGGGGGAAGAGGAGGAUGCAUCGAUAGGAGAAAAAAAUAAGAUUUUUAAAGAAAAAUUUGUACCGGCUAGUUUUUCUUUUCCACUUAUUGUCCAUCCCCACCUUCCAUACGUUCACAGUGGCGUGUGCAAGCUGAUCGAACAACCAGAGCAAGGUAGUCAAAACAGAAAAGGAGAUAUAUUAAAUAAAAUCACAGAAAGGGAGGAUCGAAAACGCAUUUGGCUCGCACAUUUUUCACCCGGAGGUAAAAGCGAAGAAAAUAGAAGAGGCAUCUGCCUGAUUGUCCCAUCGAUCAGGCUGAUGAAUCGUGCCGCAGCAUCGCGACGGGUUUGCCUUGCUAAUCUCAAAUGUAGCGUUUUCUUGGACGCCAGAUUACCAUAUACGGGUCUUUCUCUCUCUCUCCCUUCGCGUGAUCCGAAUCGGAGAUUAUGGGGAGAGAGCGAUUUAUAAAUAUUCGCUCCGCUGCAUUUUACGACCCCCAGCCGCGCUGCAGGGGAUUCGCUCGUCCUCCGCAGGGAUGGCUAUCUUUGAAUGAUGAAGCUGGCCCUGCAGCGGGGCAGCACGCGGCGGUCCGUUCGAUGAUGCACACCCGGGCUGCUUGUGUGUUUCCUUGUUCCGAUGCCGAUGCGUUCUCUAAGCGGGAACCGGUGCCGCUUAGCUCUUUGUGAAAACAACGCUUCGAGCUCGUGUGGCUCUUGGCAAGGGAAACGGCGUGAUGCCCCUAAGCUCAUUUCUUGAUUAUCUUCCUUAUGCUGAGUUUUUUAGAAGAAUAGUCUAGGGAUGUUGGAACGGUGUUUCGAAUCGAAUACUGCUGCGUCACCCGUAGCCUUCACAGUGCAAGCUAAAGCCAACUCCAACUAGCUCUUUGAAAAGUGCAGAAGCGAGGGGCGACACUGCGGCCGUUCCAUCCGAACCACUAUUCUUUCAUCACUAGAGAUUACUUUCUUUCCUGCUGCGCGGAAUAGGCUACUGGACGAUGGCAGUCACGCUGUCGCAGCACUCAUGCGCAAGCACUACAGUACGUUCGCCGGCGUUGUCUUCGAGACGUAUAUACAGCGCCGAUUAUUUCGUUGGGCUUUUAGCGCUGUGAAAUACUAAGUCAGAGUGCCCGAAGUGUAUUGCCAAAAUCGCGAUUUUUUUUUUUCUGUGUUUUUGUGUUUUUUUGGGAGGAUGCGUGAGGAUGAAAUGCGGGAUGUGUGGCAGCGUGCUUGAUUGUAAUAUACAUUCUGUACAGAAGAUUAUUUUGUUUGUAUUUUUAGUGAUAAGUGUUUUGAAAGUUUUUUCUUUUUUUUUUUCUUUUUUUCUGCAUGACCGAGUCGUGUACAAUAAUAUAUUUGAGCAGUGCCCGGGAUUUCCCUUUUCUUUUUUUCGUUGUGUUUUGUAAAUAUUCCUCGAUGCUGAUGAUCCCGUAAAUAUAUGACAUUGAUGAAAACUA